AAACGUAAAUUACAUAAUAUUGAAAUUCCAAAAUUUGAGCUUUACAACGGUAAACUCGUUAACAUUCUCUACUCUAUAAAUUCUGGCAUCCCAUUCUCACUUCUCACUCACACUCUUAACUCAUCUCUUUCAGUCUCAUCGUCUUUGAGGAUAUCUAAUCUCUAUUUGUUUCUGAGCUUCUUUUUUGAGGUAUUAGAAUCAAACCCAUAUCUGAAAUAAUGGAGUCCUCAAAGAGAUACCUGGUGAGUAUUGUGGCAGUGGUUUUUCUAGGUUUCCUAUCUUCUUCAACUGAAGCUUCUAAUAACAUCCUUGUUGGUGGUAAAAUGGGAUGGGUGAGUAACCCAUCUGAGAAUUACACUAGCUGGGCUUCAAGAAACAGGUUUAACAUUGCUGAUACUCUGAUUUUCAAGUACAAUAAGGGACAAGAUUCAGUCUUGGUUGUGAGCGAAGAUGAUUAUGAUUCAUGUAAUACAGCAAGCCCAAUGAAGAGCAUGAACGAUGGAGAAUCAAAGUUCACGUUUGAUAGAUCAGGACCAUUCUAUUUCAUAAGUGGUAACCAAGGCAGUUGUCAGAAAGGUGAGAAAUUAUACCUUGUCGUAAUCACACCUAAAGUAUCAUCUCCUCCUACACCAAGCCCUCCUGCUACUCCUCUAGGGUCUUCUCCAUCUCCUACUGCCGAGAUUAAUGCUACUCCUCCAACAGCACCAGUGCCAAGUACACCUUCUAAAUCUUCUUCAACUACCAAUUCUAUUGUCUGGGUUUCCGCAUUGGUCUCUCUUUUGGUGGUCAGUGUGUCUCUAUAUUAAGAUGCUAUAAUUGGGCCGUGCGGAUGGAUGAUGUCUUUCUUCUGAUUGUUUAUGGGUUUGCUUGUGUUUGAUAACCUAAUUAAGGUAUUUGAUGCAUUGUUGAUGUCUGAGCUUGGUUUUGUAAUUUUAAUAUUGACUAUUUGUAUUUUGUUUAUAUACUUGUUAUGUUACUGCUUAGGCUUGAUUCAAGCUAAGUGGAUUUGGAGUAUUCAGCAUUAAUUGAUAUCUUAUAAACAAUUUGUUUUAUGAUU